CCCACACACGGGAACAGCCACCAAGAGCCGCCUCAACAUGAAGCUGAUGUUAGUCCUCAUGCUGGCCGCCCUCCCCCUUUACUGCUAUGCAGGUUCUGGCUGCCAACUUUUCCAGGACAUUGUUUCAGAUACAAUCAGUUCAGCGGUACCUAUGGAAGAAUUCCAGGAGUCGAUUAAGGAAUUUGUGCAUUCCCAAGCCACUAAAAAUGCCAUGGGGGAAUUAAAACAAUGUUUCCUGAACCAGUCCAACGAAACUCUGGCCAAUGCUCAAAAGUUGAUGGACAAAAUAUAUUCCAGCCCAGAGUGUUCUCUUUUCUAAGUUUGCACAAGAACUUGACUCAGAACUACAGAACCAGACCAGAAACUGGCUACUGAUGCUGUCCUCUUCUUUCCUGAUUUUGCCCUUCUACCUAGCAAGACUGUC